AUACACCAGAGUUCUUAUCACUUUUCACCAGCUGCCAACCAUCGGUCGACUGCUACAUAAAAUACAGGAUGACCAGCCUUGUAUCCAUUGCCAAGGGCUCAAUCUCAAGGAUCUACUUUCCCAACGAGGCUACUUUCAUGCCCCCGACUUUUCAACGCUUUCGAAGAACGCAUCAUUUUGUCGAUUGUGUGAUCUUAUUCUUGCUUCCAUAGAAGAGAGCACCCCAUCUCGAGACGUGUCUAAAAUGAGCGAGGGCCCGUCGCAAAUCAUACUAUUGUUCGUUGGGAUUGAUGCUACGAGGCCAAAAACACACAACGCGGGAUUAACAGUAAUCUGCCAAGAAAAGUGUCAAUGCUCCAAUAGCGAAGACGGCGUUUCCUCGUGCAGUGGUUCAUGCCGCUAUCUGGUUGCUACGUACAAGGCGAAAAACGAGAUAUCAAUAUGCUCGUUAGAGUCUCCUCAUGUACGAUUGCCAGUCCCGAGAGCAUAUGCUAUAGAUCCAGAUCCGCUUUCAGCGUCCAGUAUUGAUCGGGCGAUGUCAUGGCUUCAAACGUGCCUGGAACACCAUAAUGAGUGCCGACAGAAUCCGACCGAGAGGCAGGAGCCAACGAUUGGAGAAGACCAAAUGAAUUUAGUUCUGGCAAGCUCCACAAGUCUGCCCAGGUUUCGAUUUACGUCACCGAUACGUUUGCUCCAAAUUGAAGAAUUCGGGAACGUGACAACCGCAAGGUUGACAAUAUUAGAGGACAAAACAGUCGAUUAUGUUGCGUUGAGUCACCGCUGGAACAGCGGCCCAAUGCCUGAUUGGGUCACUAAGAAAGAAAACCUCCAAAAACGCUUCCAAUCAUUUGAAUUGACCAACUUUUCAAAAACAACCCUCGAUGCAGCUAUCAUAUCAAAGCGGCUAGGGUUCGAGUAUGUUUAGAUAGACUGUUUCUGCAUCCUUCAAGAUGAUGCCAAAGAUUGGGAAACCCAAGCAGCUCAGAUGGCGGACGUCUAUCUCCAUGCCACACUCACAAUCUGCGCCGAUAUCGCAGCCAAUGAUGAUUCGGGGUUCCUCCAUCAGCGCGAGCCGAUGGGCGAGCCAUACCUACCUUUCUACGUACAGAUG